UGAAAAUUCAGAAACGUCAAAAUUUGAAAAAAUAAAAAAUAGUGAAGAACUGAAAAAUCUAAAAAUCUAAAAUUUAAAACAUCGAAAUAUAAAACAUCGUAAAAUUGAAAAAUGGAGAAACUGAAAAAUCAACAAAUCGAGAAUUCGAAACUCGAAAAUUUUAAAAAUUGGAAAACUGAAAAAUCGGAUAAUUCAAAAAUCGAAACAUCGAAAACUCGUAAAGCUGAAAAGUAAAAAAUUGAAAAAUCAGAAGAUCGAGAAAUCGAGGAGUCGAAAAUAAAACCAUCUAAAUAAGAACCAUUUCCCGCAGAAAUUCUGAACGCUUAGAGUCGACAUUGGCCUAAGUGCACUCCGGUCUGUGGAUCAAACAAGUUCGACGAUUGGGCUUGGUUUAUUUGUUAUGGAUGAGUGAGGCGGGAGGCAUUUUUUUCUCUAAAUUCCCUAAUACACUGUAUAGUUGAAAGAGAACAUCGUGAAUCGAAUUCCCUAUCACGUAAAUAAAAAAAACCACAUGUUAAAUAUGGUCGAAAUCAUAAGAAUAUCGUUCGGUACGCACUUCGCUAUGAGAGGUGUGCCCAAGAAUAAACGUUCCAAAAUUCAACUCAUAGAAAACAUAAAUCAUAACAUAAAACCACUGUAAAAUCCUUAUUUCCACUUCGAAUUCACGACUAUUAAAUUGUAUUAGAACCAAUUAUUUCGGUACAAUACGAAACAGACAUCUCUAGAAAACUUUUUACUCACCUUGUUGAGCUUAAAUUGUGCGCUCUACAUAUAUACUAAGUCUAUACCUACAUAAACAUGCAAAUUGCGUUUCGUUGAUUACUACUUUAUCAGUUUCAUUUUUUAAGGAAUGGAAGGUUACAAAUAAAAUACGUAGUUAUGUUUACUAUAUAGUAACUACCCGUCUCCAUGCUGGUUAAUCUAUGAACAAUACAGUUUUAUUUUAGUUUUCACUUUAUCUUCUUUUUAUCUCUUAAUUAGUCUAAGGUUUUCACAUGUUUGUGGAUUCUCGAUAUUGCAAAGUGAUUAAUUUUGUUAUUGUAGGUAUAUCUGUUUCUCUUAACGUACAAAUCAUGGAAAAAUGGCUGAAAAUCUCACUCCUCCUUUGCCUCUUCGGUUUCAUCAAAGAACUGCGCCCAUCAGAACCAUUUACCUACGAAUUUCUAAUCGGUCCGUGGAAAGAUUUAACAGAAGAUGAAAUAGUCAAACAAGCUUUUCCCAUAUCGACUUACAGCAACUUAAUUUGCUUAGUAAUAAUAUUUCUAGUAACAGACAUGUGUAGGUACAAACCUUUAAUCAUACUUUUGGGAUUAUCUGGAAUCGUUGUUUGGUCUAUGCUCCUGUGGACUUCUAGUCUUCUUGAACUUAUCGUGAUUGAAGCAAUGUAUGGGUUAUUCCGUGCGACAGAAGUUGCUUAUUAUUCAUACAUUUAUGCAAAAGUCGAUAAGGAGCACUACCAGAAGGUAACUUCUCAUACUAGAGGAGCCAUUUUGGCCGGUCGCUCGAUUUCUGGAGUCGCAUCGCAGGUGCUUGUUUCCACGAAGGUUCUAGAUUAUGAACAGUUGAACUACAUAUCUUUAGCAGGUGUUGCCGUUGCAACAAUAUGGGCCCUUUUUCUCCCGCCUGUGAGCAAAAGCCUCUAUUUUCACUCCGAAGAUUCCAAAAACCAGCCCCUUUCCAAAAAAGCUAAAUCAGCCUUCAAGUUAAUGAAAUCUCACUUCAUUAACGCUUAUACCAACAUUUACGUGUUGAAAUGGUCAAUUUGGUGGGCCCUUUCCACUUGUGGCUACGUUCAGGUGGAAUUUUACCUUCAACCCCUCUACUCGGCCAUCCAAGACGACGACACCAACAUCUACAACGGCGCGGUUGAAGCCAUAAUAACCCUUUUGGGGUUCUUGGCGGCCCUUCUAGCCGGUUAUCUUAAAUUCAACUGGGAGAUCAAGGGUGAACUCACCCUUGGAAUUUUUUCUUUGAUUCAGGGGGCACUGAUUGUUGUCGUUUCACAAACCGAGUACUUGUUUUUGUGCUACGCCUUCUACAUAGUGUUUGGUAUUUUGUAUCAUUUUAUGAUAACGAUAGCGAGUGCUGAAAUCGCGAAACGGAUAGACGAAGAUAGUUAUGGGUUGAUUUUUGGUAUUAAUAUGUUUGUGUCUUUGGUUUUUAACUCGAUUUUGACGGCUGUUGUGGCUACUGAAGGUAUAGGAUUCGCGCUGGAUCCACGAGGACAGUAUGUGGUAUAUGGAGGAUACCAUUUGGCGAUUUCGUUGGUUUUUAUGGGAAUGGGGAUAAGGACUUGUGUGGUGAAGAGAAAGACGAAAAUAGUUGCUAGUGGUGACGGCGAAAAAAGAAGAAGUAUUUCGCCCUCCUAAGCAAAAAGUCGCAUUUAAGUUAUUAACAUUAUUAUAAAAUUACUUAACCUAACAUUUAAAUGUUCUCGAAAAAAAUAUGCGCACUCUCUACAUACGUCAGUUGCUACAAGAAUCUGUUAUCUUGACUUUUUUAAAUUAAAAACUACUUAUCGAAUGCUGUGAGUACUUGUGAUUUUAUCGCCUAAACAAUAGAGGAUGGCGGUCCUGCCGGUUUAUUGUUUUUAGUAAGCAUAGAAUGUGUAGCAUAUUUUUAAAUGACUGUUAAAGCUAGUGUAAAAAAAAUAUUAAAAACAUUUAGAUAAACAA